AUGCGAAAACGAGACCGCAUGCAGAAUCGUGUUCGAGCAUUGUUCACGUCAGACAUUACCCCUUCAGCACCACCCCACAGAUUUCCUCUGCCGCCUGCACAACAAGCAUCUUCUCCCGCUCCACCGCUAUCGUCCCCGCCAUGUCCGCCUGCAUCGAGCACAGAUCUGUCGGUCGCGACAACGCCGCGUAGCUUGGUGCUAGAAAAGGCCUUAGCGAAAACAUUGGAGAAGCUCCCGCAGGCCGAGAAAGCCGCGUUUGCGCAGGCAUCCAAGAUGAUUGACGAGCGAACCCUGCUUUCCCGCGUGCACGCUUACGACGCGGCGCAUAAGGACGACUCAUCCUUCAGGCCUCACGCUGAGCGUCUUUCGAAGUUCCUGAUUCUGCUUGAUGGAUUCAUGGGAGGCGUCGCUAUAGGCAUCCAGGCGAGUCCUGAGAUAUCAUCUCUGGUCGUUGGCUCUGUAAGGGUCGUCAUCGACCUCGCCCUGAAGUUCACGAUGUACUUCAGCAAGCUGAGCGACAUGAUCUGCACUUUCGAAGACUACCUGGGCCCUCUAGCGGAAUAUGGGAAGGCGGCAGAUAUUAGUUUGGUAGAAACGACAGUGGUCAAUGCUUACGCUAACGUGCUCGGCUUCGGCCGGAAGGCGCGCCGCGUAUUCGUCGAUGCCGAAGGUAAUCAGCGGAAGUGGACAUCUCUCCGAGCGUUCAUGCGCCAGCACUGGGAGACGUUUGAGUCUGAGUUUGCGACCAUCAAAGAAGAUCUGCAGCACCACCUUGACGUACUGCUGCAUUCUGUCCAGUCGCUGCAUUUUGACUUCUCCAGAAAGGUUGAGCAAGCAAGGAGGCGUGAAGAAGAAGGGAAGGAGAGGUCGGCAUUCCUCACCUGGCUAUCGAGCAUCGACUUCGAGAAAACUCACCAAGACACUUUUGCGAAGAAGCAUGAAAAGACGUGCGACUGGCUGAUAAAAGAGCCAAAGUAUCAGCAGUGGUUCACCAGCCCGGCCUCAUCCCUUCUCUGGUGCCACGGCAAGCCUGGAAUCGGUAAAUCUGUGCUUGCGUCAAACGUCAUCGAAGACAUUACGACGAAGAUUGGACUACGAGAGGAUGCCGCCCUCUGUUUUGCCUAUUACAACUAUCGGGACGCGCGGCUGAAAGAGCUUCAUCAAAUCGUAACUGCACUGCUCAAGCAGUUGUGUCGAAGAAAGGACCAGUUGCCCCGCGACCUGCUCCAAACCAAGCAUGAUGCCUUGCCUUCAUCUCUGGUGGGCACACAGGAAAGGUUCAGAUCCCUCAUCGAAGAUCUGCCUCAGGUAUACGUGGUGUUCGACGCUCUAGACGAGUGUCCAGAGCAAGAGCGAGGAGAUAUUCUUGGAUUCAUCACCGGCAUAGUGACGGCUCAAGUUCGAUGCCAUGUUAAGGUAUUCGUCACGAGUCGGAACGAAAUGGACAUCGCCAAAGCCUUCGGUGACAGACACAUACCCACGAUCCAAAUCCAGACUGAGAACGUCACCGCCGAUAUUGAGACUUUCGCUCGCAGCCAGGUUGAAAAACUACAGGGUGGGGAGCAUGGAAAGACGCUCUACGUUACCAACGAUGGACUCAAGGAAAAGAUUGUUCGGACGCUCGCUACAAAGGCAGAGGGGAUGUUUCUUUGGGUCAACCUUCAGCUGGACAGCCUCUGUCAAGCCAGCAAGGCUCAAAAAGACGCAGUGGUAGAAGCUGCGCUGGACGCAUUGCCCCAGGGCUUGCCGGACACCUACGUUCGGAUUCUGGAGCGGAUCGAAGCCCAGACUCCAUACAUGAGGGAUUUGGCAAUCAAUUGCCUAGCUUGGACCCUCUAUACCCGGAGGCCUCUCAGCACUCGAGAACUACAACUUGCGCUUGCAGUCAACUCAAAUUGCAAAGUGAGAGAGGAUCUGCAGACCGACUCACCUCAAGUAAUCCUUGAGGCUUGUGCUAAUCUGCUGGAAGAAGCUAACGGCUUGAUCCGGCCGAUUCACUACACAGUGCAGGAAUUCUUGACAACUGCUAUUCAAGGGCUGCCGCACAGAAGCAUACGGGCGCAGCUUCUCGAUUCGAAAGCUGUGCACACACGAUUGAGCUUAGCGUGUAUCGCGUACAUCCGACUAACAGCAUUCGGAAAGCCAGCUCGUGACGUAUGGGGUCUACACUGCCGAUUCAAUAACAACAGUCUUGCCAGCUAUCCAUACCAGAGCUUCGACUAUCAUAUCAUCAGAUGCGAAGAGCUCUCUCUCGAUGUUAUAAACCAACUGGAGACUAUUUUGCGACAAGAGAGUGCAUCUCUUGCAGCCAUCCUGCAGAUCAAGGUGUUGCGAGAUGGCCACGACUACUGGACUAUCAAGGAGCGCUUCAAUCGCAUGGACUUCCUAGUCACUCCUGGUACGAUCGUGUAUAGCACAAGCCUUUACAAUGUUCCCACUUUAAGGCAGAAAUGGGUUGAGCAAGCGCCCCCAACAUAUGCGCUACACCUGGCGGCUUCUGCAGGACUUACUAGCGCAGUCAAUCGACUCCUUGAGGCAGGGUGCGACAUCAAUGAGAAAGACAGCAAUGACAGCACCCCUCUGUACUAUGCGUGCUCUGACGGCGAUGUGGAUAUUGCCCAGGUGUUGAUUGACAUGGAAGCCGACAUCAACGUGCAGGGUGGACACUACGGCAACGCGCUCCAGGCAGCUUCAUCUAGAGGCCAUGAGGCGAUUGUGAAGCUGCUGCUCGACAAGGGCGCUGAGGCAGCUUCAUGUAGAGGCCAUGAGGCGAUUGUGAAGCUGCUGCUCGACAAGGGCGCUGAGGUUAACGCGCAGGGUGGAAGGUACGGCAACGCGCUACAGGCAGCUUCAUCUAGAGGCCACGAGCAAGUGGUUGAGAUGCUGCUUAAUGCAGGCGCUCGUCAACCUAAGGAGGACGAUUCUGUAUUAAUAUCUGAAUAG